CCUCGGAGCCGGCAGGCUGGCGCUCGUACGUGGGACCCCGGCGUAGGGGGUGGGGGGUGUGCCCCGGUGCCCGGCGGCUGUCCGCGGGGCUCCCCCCCGAGCGCCCUCCUGGGCUCCCGGCGCGACCAUGGCGCGCAGCCUCCGGAGCUGGCUGGGCGGCUGCCUCCUGAUAUCAGCAUUAGGAAUGGUGCCACCUCCUGAAAAUGUCAGAAUGAAUUCAGUUAAUUUCAAAAAUAUUCUACUGUGGGAGUCACCUGCUUUUCCCAAGGGGAAUCUGACGUUCACAGCUCAGUACCAAAGUUACAGGAAAUUCCAAGAUACAUGCACGAGUAUUUUGUUGACGGAAUGCGAUUUCUCAAGUCUUUCCAAGUAUGGUGACCACACCUUGAGAGUCAGGGCUGAAUUUGCUGAUGAGAGUUCAGACUGGAUAAACAUCACCUUCUGUCCUGUGGAUGACACCAUUAUCGGACCUCCCAGAAUGCAAGUAGAAGCACUUGCUAAUUCUUUACAUAUGCGUUUCUUUGCCCCAAGAAUAGAGAAUGAACCUGAACCAUGGACCAUGAGGAACAUUUAUAACUCAUGGACUUAUCAUGUGCGGUAUUGGAAAAAUGGCUCUGAUGAAAAGUUUUCAAUUUCUGGUCAGUAUGACUUCGAGUUCCUCCGAAAUCUUGAGUCACAGACAACUUACUGUGUUCAAGUUCGAGGGUUUCUUCCUGAUCGGAACAAAGCUGGAGAAUGGAGUGAGCCUGUCUGUGAGCAAACAACCAUUGACGAAACCACCCCAUCCUGGAUCGUGGCCAGUGGCGUCCUGGUGGCCUCUGUGUGCGCCGCUGUCCUGCUGCUGCUCGGCUGCUUCUUCCUGCUGCGGUGCAGUUACAGGAAGGCCAGGCACGCCUUCCCCCCGAGGAAUUCUCUUCCGCAGCACCUGAAAGAGUUUAUGAGCCACCCUCAUCACAGCACUCUUCUCUUAUUCUCCUUCCCACCGUCUGAUGAGAGUGAAGUCUUUGACAAGCUGAGCGCCAUCACGGAAGUGUCUGAAAGCUGCAGGCCGAACCCUGGGGCCGGCUGCGGUCUCGGGACCUGACGUGGGCAGGGGUCCUUCCAGUGGUGUCCGAGGAGGGAGCACACUCAGCCGGGCGCAGUGACCCCCUUCUUGUCCUGGCUGCCCCCGAGGGCAGUCAGAGCAGCCAGCCAGCGCGGGCCGAGACCACCUGAGUAAACCCAGAUGGAGAAACACAGACGCCGGGACAGCGUCCACACCACCAAGGAGCUGGACUCUACAUGCUCAUGUGGCAAAAGCUUGGGAACGUGCCACUUUUUAAAGGCCUUAAUGAUUAAACAAAAAAAGCUGGCCACUGUGAUUUCCCUGAUAGCCCGUCCCAGUGGUUAAAAGACCUCACUUUCAAUGCAGGGGGCACAGGUUCCAUCCUCAGCUGAAGAACUAAGAUCCCACAUAUCACAUGAUGUGGCCAGAAAAAAAAAGUUGAGGUUGGCCACUGGAGGUAUGAUUCUCAGUCUUGUGUAUUCACUAAUAUAAAAAGGUUUUAGGGAAUUCCCCAGCAGGUCCAGUGGUUAGGACUCCACACUUUCACAGCCGAGGGCCGAGGUUCAGUCCCUGGUCAGGGAACUCAGGCCUCACAAGCCAUGUGGCCAAAAAACAAAACCACCAAAAAAAAAAGUUUUGAAUGGUUAGAAACAAAAAUGUAUAAAAUGAGGAAGAAAGACCAAGACACUGUGGAAUCUGACGGGAGAAAUGGUGUCGACUCGGAAGUCGGUGCCACCAAGCUCUGUACAGAGUACAGACUCUGGAUUCUCAGGGACACCUGGACCGGGUUUAUUCUUCUAUGCGGACACGUUUCGUAUAACGCUGGUGCUCAGUUAAAGCGUCACUCUCUGUUUGGUCCAUGCGCGUUAAUGACACUCCCGUCCGUGUGACUGUUGGAGUGAGCCAGUUCUCAUGUGCUGUCUUUGCUGUUCACUCAGUCAGUGGCUAUUCCUCAGUCCCUGCUUGGCGGUCAGCCAGGGACUGUGCCAGGCCCAGGGGCCAAACAGCAACUGGGAAGCUUCAGAAAAGAGAAGACCCUCAAGCUUUGAAUUCCAGGCUUCCCAGGUGGCUCAGUGGUAAAGAACCCGCCCGCCAAUGCCAGAGACACAGGUUCGAUCCCUGGGUCAGGAAGAUGCCUUGGAGGAGAAAAUGGCAACCCACUCCAGUAUUCUUGCCUGGAGAAUCCCAUGGAGAGGGGAGCCUGGCAGGCUAUAGUCCAUGGGAUCACAAAGAGUCAGACAGAAUUGAGCAGCUGAGCACGCACGCAUGGGCUUUGAAUUCCACCUCGGACGCUUAACAGGUCAUCUGUACAUGAGGAUGAGAAAACCUAAGGGUUAGUGACCCUCGGUGAAAAAUGCCCACCCCGGUGCCAGCACAUAGCAGUCACUCAAUAAAUGGCGGCUCAUCUUA